AUGAAGUACCCACCUGCUAAUCUACCAAUACGUGACAGGGAGUACCCACCUGUUAAUCUGUCAAGACGUGACAGGGAGUACCCACCUGAUAAUCUGCCAAGGCGUGGCACGGAUUAUCCAUCUGUCAAUCUGUCAAGAAGUGACAGAGAGUACCCACCUGUUAAUUUGCCAAGACAUGACAAAGAGUUCCCACCUGUUAAUCUGCCAAGACGUGACAUGAAGUACCCACCUGCUAAUCUACCAAGACGUGACAGGGAGUACCCACCUGUUAAUCUGUCAAGACGUGACAGGGAGUACCCACCUGAUAAUCUGCCAAGGCGUGGCACGGAUUAUCCAUCUGUCAAUCUGUCAAGAAGUGACAGAGAGUACCCACCUGUAAAACUGCAAAGACGUGACAGAGAAAACCAGUCUGUUAAUCUACCAAGACGUGACACGGAAUGUGACACAGAAUACCCGCCUGUUAAUCUGCCAAGACAUGACACGGAGUACCCACCUGUUAAUCUACCAAGACGUGACAGGGAGUACCCACAUGUUAAUCUGCCAAGACGUGACACGGAGUACCCAUCUGUUAAUCUGCCAAGACGUGACACGGAGUACCCAUCUGUUAAUCUACCAAGACGUGACAGGGAGUACCCACAUGUUAAUCUACCAAGGCGUGACAGGGAGUACCCACCUGUUGAUCAGCCAAGAUGUGACACGGAGUACCCACCUGUAAAUCUGCCAAGACGUGACAGGGAGUUCCCACCUGUUAAUCUACUAAGAAUUGACAGAGUGUACCCACCUGUAAAACUGCCAAGACGUGACAUAGAAAACCAGUCUGUUAAUCUACCAAGACAUGACAGGAAGUACCCAUCUGUUAAUCUGCCAAGACAUGCCAGGGAGUACCCACCUGUUAAUCUGCCAAGAUGUGACACGGAGUACCCACCUGUAAAUCUGCCAAGACGUGACGGAGAAUACCCGCCUGUUAAUCUGCUAAGACGUGACAUGAAGUUCCCACCUGUUAAUCUAUCAAGAAGGGACAGAGAGUACCCACCUGUAAAACUGCCAAGACGUGACAGAGAAAACCUGUCUGUUAAUCUGUCAAGACAUGACAGGAAGUACCCGUCUGUUAAUCUGCCAAGACAUGACAGAAACUACUCACCUGUUAAUCUGCCAAGACGUGACACAGAGUACCUACCUGUUAAUCUGCCAAAACAUGACAGAAAAAACUUGUAUGUUAAUCUGCCAAGACAUGACAGGAAGUACCCACCUGUCAUUCUGACAAGACGUGACAGGGAGUACCCUGAUAUUAUGUCUUGA